AUGGAGUACUACCACGAUACAUGGAAGCUCGAUGUCCAGCCGGAGAAGCAGCUGAAAGUGAUUAUUGUCGGCGCUGGCAUUGCAGGUCUGACUGCGGGCAUUGGUACGUUCCACAAAACCUCGAUGCAACAAUAGACUCAGUAUAAACACUUACGAGUACAUGACUUUAGCCCUCAAACAGUCCGGACACCAUGUCGUUAUCCUAGAACAAGUCCAAUCCAUCGCAGAAGUCGGAGCCGGAAUUCAAAUGGCACCAAACAACACGCGAAUUCUCGGACGCUUGGGCGUUCUCCCGGAGAUUGCGAAACACUGCAAUUUCAUGGAGAAGAAUUCUCUUCGUCGCUGGAGAGAUAAUUCUGAGCUGGGGAAGGCUCCUCUGAUGCCGGAGAUUGCUGAGAGCUAUGGUGCUCCGCUCGGCGUGAUCCAUCGCGGUGACCUCCAGAUGACGCUCUUGAAAGCAGCCAAAGAGAAUGGUCUUGAUAUCAGAACCAACCACAAGGUCAUCAAAGCCGAUCCGAACUUCGAGGCGAAGGUACAGCUUCAGAGCGGAGAGUGGGUCGAAGGAGAUGUUGUUAUUGCUGCCGAUGGCAUCAAGAGCCAACUCCGUGCUCAGAUUGCGGAGCAUCAUCAUCACAGCGACCAUUCGACUGCAACGGGCGAUGCUGCGUAUCGAAUCCUUAUUCCAAAGGAAAGAAUGUUGCAUGAUGAGUAUGCCCUGAAACUACUCAGCGAGGAUGUCGGCAUGAGAUGGAUGGGUCCGGGAGGUCACAUCAUGGCAUAUCCGUUGAAGAAUAAUACGGUCUACAACGUCAGCAGCCAACAGGAAUUGAAGAAAGCUUUGAGCUGACCUCGUCCCAGAUGGUCCUUUUACACCCGCAAAAGCCCAAUACAGAUUCCAGCGAAGCAGAGUCCUGGACCCGAAAAGGCGACAAAGGUAAAAUGAUGGAGUUCUACAAGGAUUGGUGCCCAGAGGUCCGCAAUCUCCUUUCGUAUGUUCCAGAUGGGGAAGUGAUGGAAUGGACACUGAACUCCCACGCGCCGCUGCCGUCCUGGGUCGAGAAUAAGGUCGUGCUAAUGGGCGAUGCUUCACAUCCCAUGCUUCCAUACGUGGCUCAGGGAGCGGCCCAGGCGAUCGAAGACGCCGGUGUCUUGCAAUGCGUGUUGGCCAAGAGCAGUACCAACAUCCCGCUUGCUCUGGAUGUGUACCAAUCCGUGAGGAAAGCAAGAGCAGAAGCUGUGCAGAGCUCAGCCGCAGCGACGAGGAAGGCUUUGCAUCUUGCCGAUGGCCCAGAGCAGAGGGAGCGAGAUCGGAAGAUCCGAGAAGCGAGCGAGGGUAAGGGCGAUAAUCCUGAUAUGUGGGCGGACAAGACGUUCCAAGAGUUCAUGUGGUGAGUGAGGCCUUGAGCCUUGUUCCAAGCUGUCGUGGACAACAUACUGAUCUCUCUCGUACCCUGUAGGGAAACCGAUGUGAUGAAAGACACCAUCGUUCGAUGGUGGGAGCAUCAGGCGCGAGCAGAAGGCCAUCAUUUGCAUGACUUGGCGGCUGUGGCCUAUACUUAG